AUGAAAUUGGAGUGUUCCGGAUCUUUGGAUUUUUUGUUUUAUCCAUUUAUUGGUUAUAUAUGUAUUGUUCAUUAUUCAUCGUUGUCGGCUGAGGAUUUGAGUAGUUUUGGCACUGGAUAUAACGGUGGUCCUUUCAAAAUUGUGAAACAGCGAAAUUUGAAAGUGGGUGAUAUAUUGCAAUUUGGUAGAAAUUAUUUAAUUAUAAAUGAACUUCGACCUUCAACAUCAAAUGCAGAUGAAGUAUUUGAGGAUGAUGUAGCUGAAGCACCUUCAAAUUCAUAUUCUGUGCAAAAUAUAUUCGAGAAGAAAAAAUUCAAUAUUAGGAGUGUUUCAAAUAAAAACGAAAAAGCGAAAUUGUUUUUACUAUCAUCAGAUGAUGAAGAUGAUGAUAUAAUAGAUCAAUCGAGUUCAACAAUAUUUGCAUUCGAUACACUUCGACAAUCUUUAAAGUCCCAGUAUUAUCGAAAAGUAUCAGACAAUAUCGACCAUACAAAGUGGAUUUCAUCAAAUUAUCCAACAGGUGUUGUUUCUGAGUCAUGCGUAGUUAAGGAUGAUACGGUUCAUAACCAAGCUGAUGAUAGAUUCGUUGUAAAGUCCGUUUUUAAGUUCAAGUUAAAUGCGUAA